GGGCCCCACCUUUGCCCCAGCCAGAGAUGGAACAGGGGUGCCAUUCCAUAAUGUUCUAGAAUCCCCAGCUGUUCUGGAACAUGCUCCAAUCUCCAGGCAGAGUUGGAACUAGGAUUAUAGGAUUCAGAGGCCUUCUCGGCCUCAGUGGGGCGGGCACCCGUCUGCCACCCACCAGCAGGCCUCAUGUGGAUGCUGGCCUUAGGUGGAGUUUUCCUGGCGACCGCCCAGGCCUGUGUCCUCUGCCACCUCCCAGACCGUGACUUGGCGGGCCGCCUGGCUAAACUCUGCAGCAGAGUAGAGGCUCGGUGGAAGGACUGUAGGGCCUCCUGGAGCUUCCCUGCCUUUGCCUUAGAUGAGACGUCCAUGAACAAUGUCAUAGAGAAGACUCACAGAGUCCUGAGGGUCAUGGAGAUCAAAGGGUCUCUCUCCUCUCUCCCUUUGUAUCGACAUUGGCUGCAAAACACCAAGCUCCCCGCCUACAGCAGGGAAGCUCUCUGCGCGCCUGCCUGCCGGGGCAGCACCGUCGUGUACAACUGCUCCACCUGCCAGGAACUCGACGUCUGCUGCUGGCCCCGAAAGCGCUGCCUCCCAGGUUCUACCCCUCCGCCCGGCCUCCCCUGGCUCAGGAAGUCACGAUCUCUGGGAAGCCAGGGUUCUGCUCCUCGCUCUCCUGGUGGCUGCCUUCCUGCUGGGUGUUCUGAGCCUCAUGGUGGAGUGAGUCGGGGGCGGGGUCCAGUUACUUGGAAGAAAAAAGGACGAGUGAAGGUUUCCACAGCCUCCCAGCCUCCAGUUCUAAAGACCAUGAACCCACAACUUCCACUUCCCUCCAAGGGGAUCAGCCAGCCCCUGAGUUCCACUCCCAGAGGUUCAGCCUUCCAGACCCGGAAGCCCAGAGGUCCCCUUGAUCCCAGUGUCAGAGGGCCUCCUGGGACCCAGGCACCCCACUGGAAAUCUCCUCCCCUCCAGCCCUCAACUAAUCAGACAGGAGCACCAGCUGCUGGUUCCAGGAAAUUAUCUACAGAAGGAAAGAAUCCCCUCCUCGCCACCCCUCCCACGCCCCCUCCCGCCUGUUCUCGGAAAGCAGGGGCCGCCUGCCCCAGAAGCUCCUCCUGGCCCUCUUGUGACUGACUGGGAAUCCGGGAAUGAGUAUUUUGGAAAACUCCCUCCCUUUAGAGCUGAGACCACAUCAGUCAUCCUGCUGGCAGGCUCUCCCUCCAUUUAACAUUGUGAAGCCGUGGCCUCCCACAGAGGCGUCCCUCCUGCCAAGGCCAAGUAAACCUGUUGUCAGAUGGCCUCCACCCCUGCCUGGCCUCUGUCUGCAACUGGGGAGGGCAGAGGGGGACGGGAGACUCAGGGUGGCACAGUGGUUCUAGUCUGGAAGGACGGUGGCAGUGGGGGUGGGGGGUGGGUUCUGCCUCAAGAGACCUUUGGCAACAUCUGGGGACGUUUUCAAUCGGGGGAUGUGCUCCUGGCAUCCAGUGGGUGCAAGCCGGGGGUGCUGGGCUCCACAACGCACAGGGGAGUCUCCAACGAUUCUCCUGUCCCAGGACCUCAGUUGUAUGUGCUGGAGAAACCCUGGCAUUGCCCCCCCAGCUGUCAGAAGGUUUCUGUUGGUGGGUGGAAGAUGAAACGUAGAAAAGAGUUAGCCCGUUCCCAGCCACAAGUCUCAGUCCGAGGGCCUGGGCCUGGAAGGGAUCCCAGUCUGCACCUAGACCCGUGGUUUUCAAACUGGGUACCUGGAGGCUCCAGGGUAAAAGCCAUCAUCCAGCCACCCAUUGUAGUCAUCUGGGCAGCUUCAAAAACUACCUGUCCUGGGGUGCCUGGGGGGAUCAGUCAUUUGGGCAUGACUCCAGCUCAGGUCAUGAU